CCCGGGGAGCCCGGGAAGCCCGGGAGGCCGGCUUGGCGGGUCGCGUCCAGGGACGGAGGUGCGGAGGGAAGUCCCACGGCGAUGAUCCAGGCCUGGACGCACCGCAAACUGAGCCGGCGAAGCUGCGCGACAGAGCAGAUAUGUGUCAGACUACCAGAGUCCACCCAACCAAAUUCAGAGCUUGAUGGAGGAGAGAGACUCUCUCCAUAUUUGUUUUGUAAAGUAAAAGCCGUCUUGGAGAUCCUGUCCUAGGUGCGAGCGAUGGCGCCCGGCCUGGGGGCGACCCCAUGCAGGAGGGCGACCCCAUGCAGCUGGGCGAUCCCGUGCAACAGGGCGACCCCGUGCAGCCGGGUGAUCCAGUGCAGCAGGGCGGCGCUGUACAGCGCCGAAGCCGACGGGAAGGGUUUCCACUCCGGGAAGGGAUGCCUUUUGUACACUUGCCGCACUGGGGCAGGUUUAAGCACUUUCUGAAACCAUUGGUGCUUCACGUUGAGGCGUGUCUGCUGGAAAAGAUAUUCGGCCCAAGCAAAGUCCUCCUCCCGGGGUUCGAGCGUGAGUUCAAAGUCCUGCUCCAGGUGGGAGAGCCGGACUCCGACGGCAAAGUUGAGAUCCUCAUCUCCGGGAGACACUGGUACCGGAAACGCGCCAAAAGACUUAUUCACAUCUUGGCAGGGAGGUCCCGCAGGAAACAGUGUGGAGGCACAGCGAUGCUCGGUCUGGAAUCCAUGAAGUCGCUUGAAACAGAGGAUCCUCAGUCCAGUGCUUUCCUCUCAGUCGAAGUGAUGAGCAGCCUGGAUAAAGCGAUGCAGUCCCUGGAAAUAGGUCGGGAGACUCUGGGGGAACCUGUUGCCAAAACAGUGGGAUCUUUUUGAUCAGAAGCUCAGUGCACGGAGUGGGGCUAUGUCUGAAGCCUUGGCCUCAGCGGCCUUGUCUGAAUUCUGCUUUUGGCCCUAUGACUGAGGGGAAACAAAUGUUUUUUCACCUUCCCUACUCCUACAGAGAGACUUGUUUAAAGAUCUGAACAUGAGUUCUAAUAAAAAAUAAAUGAAAAAAACAACAUACCUGGAUUAGUGUUGAUGGGAGAAAAAGGCUUCUUUGCUUGUUCUAAGAUCGGAAAAGGCUAAGAAUUACCAAAAAUUUGUUCUGCUUUUCAUAGUUUUCUGUAUUAGGUAGGUGUGACUAGGAUCUUUAAUGUCCCAGGGAGCUUUUGUGGGUGAGGAGGAAUAUUCCUGUUUAUUCUUUCAUUAAUGCUAAUGUAGAAAAAUCAUUUUCAGUGAUAUAAAACAAAUUUUAUAAGUCAAGUUCUUUUUUUUUUCUUUUUAAUACUUAUUGUGUUUUCAGUGAAGGUUUACAU